AUGCCACCACCACCACCACCAACCACACCACCACCACCGCUGUCCCCCCCUCCCCCCACCGACGACGACGACACCCACGCCCUCCACCACACCAACUCCCCCCCCUACCACCUCGCCCCCGCGCCCUCGCACCCCGCGCCCCCCUCCCCCGCCUUCACCAGCUCCACCAUCUACCGCACCCCCGACGAGUCCUACUCGGACGCCGACACGGACGACUGGACCGACGGCAUCGCCACGCCCGUGACGCUGUCGGCGUCGUCGGUGCGGGACGGCAACGACGAGAACGAUGACGAGGAUGGGCGGAUGAGGAGGAGCGGGAGGGGCGGUAGGGGGAGGAGUAGCCCGCGGUACGAGGACCUCCCGCCGAGUUACGAAGAGGCGCAGGCGGCGCAGCAGGGUGGAGGGGGUGGGAAUGCGCUGGGGUCGCCGCCGCCGCCGUUUUUUGUGGAGGCGGGAGCAGGAGGGGCCGGGGCGGACCCGCUUCUGCCGGCUGUGGAGCGGCUCGUUCUGCGCGAGAAGGAGCGCGCGGCGAGCGAGCACGAGAACGGGUCUGAGGCGCGCAGCGCGUGGAGCGGGUCCGGCGGUGAUGGUGUGCCGAGAGAAGGCGGGCGGCGGCAGUUCAGCUUCGCGGCCGUCGAGGGGCUGGCGAGCGAGCACCACGGCGUGCUGGAGGUCGCGCUGCAGUGGGCGCAUCCGGCGUGGCAGCAACAGCGUGAUGGUGCGGACAGGAAGGAGCCGGUCAAGACGGCGACGGCGCCGCUGGGGAGGGUCGUUGCGUUGCCGCAGAGGAGUGGUGGUGGUGGUGGUCGUCAGGGCGGCAGCAACGACAACAACGUCGGCGUCGAUGAGUACAGCAACACGACCACGACCACGACCACCCUCGCCUUCUCCCGCGCCUACGCUCCCAUCCUCUCCGACCAUGGCGUCCCGCUAUCCGCUUUCGUCGCCUUCCUCGACGGCCUCAACGCCGUCUGCCACGCCGCGCGGGCCCCAGCAUCAUUCUCCACGUCAUCUCCCCCAACCAACAACAACACCAACGACGAUGCCGACGACGGCGACCUCGAGCUCGUCGAAACAUACCUCGCCCGCGCCAACGCGCUCUUCUUCGCCCACAGGGGGCUCCUCGCGCGCGUCGUCGACGUCGACGCCCUGCUCGACGACGUCCUCCGGCUGCGCAACGACCGCCGGCCGCACGUGCGCGACGCGCUGGCGGCGGACGCGGCGCGCGCGGGGCUGAGCGAACGGGAGCGCGUCGAGGCGCUGGAUCCGUGGGUGGAGACGAGGCUGGUGUGGGAGGGGCUGCCGGAGGCGAUGGUCGGGCUGUGGGACUUGCGGGGCCAGCAGGGGAGGAGGGGGCGAGAUGGUGGGGAUGGUGAGGAAGUGGAGGAGGAGAGCGAGAUGGUUAGGCGGGAGAGGGAGCAGGCGGAGGAGAUGGAACGGCAACAGCGACAGCAGCAACAGCAGCAACAACAACAGCACCAGCGUGAUAGCGCCGCUACUGCUGUAGGAAAAGGCGGCGGCAGCGGCGGCGGCGGCGGCGGCAGCGGUGCUAUCGUACCAGGAGCAUGGCCCUCAUCGACGACCCCUCCCGCGGCGGCGGCACCAAACCUCCCCGCCGCCACCCCUACGACCGCCACCGCUUCCGCCCACGCAUCCGGCGAGUUCUAUCCCGACGCCUCUGCCGCCGCUCCCCGCGCCAACGCUUCUCUAUCACCGCUACUCGACGAGCCCGGCCCCUCAUCCUCCUCCUCCAACACCCACAACAACACCACCAUCUUCCCCCCCAUCCCCCCCCUCCACCCCCUCCCCGCCUUCAUCGGCCCGCCCUUCCCGCCGCACGCCCCGCCGCCCUUCGGCGACCAGGCGCGCUGGGCCGACUGGGGCCAAGGGCUGGGCCGGCGCUGGGCCGACUGGGGACAGCGCGUCGGCGCCGACUGGGCGGCUUGGGGGCAGGAUUUGGGGAGUCGGUUGGGCGGCGGACAAGCGCAGCUGGAUGCUGCUGCUGCUGCUGGUGGGAGGGGGGGUUUCGGGCCUGGUGGUGGGGGGAGAGGGGGGUGGGGAGGAUGGGGCCCAGGAGGUGGUGGUGGUGCUGGUGGUGGUGCUGGUGGUUGGGGUGGAGGUGGUGGUGGUGGCAGGUGUGGGCGCGGUGGGAGGGGGCUGUGGGGUGGCAAUGCUGCUGGGUUUGGUGGCGUUGGUGGUGCGGGAUUGGGCCGAGGGCCGGGUGGUGGGUUUAACGGUUUUGGACCGCAUGGCGGGCACCUCUUUGGCGGGCCGAGAGGGUUCGGGUUCGCGGGAAGAGGCGGCGGCCCUGGACGCUGGGGAGGGGGAGGAGGUGGUGGUGGUCAUGGUGGGGGACGUGGCGGCCGGGGACACCAGCUUCGUGGCGGUUGGGGCAACAAUGGCCCUGGGUCGUUUGGUGGUCAGUACGGCACGACGUUCAAUGGUGGUCCUGGACGACAUGAUGGCGGUAGCGGUGGCGGCGGCGUGCCGAACGAAAGCACAACCACGCUCAAUACUCGCAUCAGCCUCGAGGAUCAUGACGAUGAUGACUCGAUCUCGUCAUCAUCCUCGUCGUCCUCUUCCGACAGCGACUCAGACCUCGAUGAGAUCGAGUUCUCGUAUCUCAAGCGCAUGCGGUCGGUCGAGGAAUCGGCGUCUGAUGCCCUCGCCAAGGGCAAACGCUCCCAUGCCGAGGUCGAGCGGGAGCGGAGCAAGGCGAUCGAGAAGGCAAAGGCGGAUCGCGAAAAGGCCGAGCGGAAGCUCGAGGCCAAGCGGAAGAAGGACGAGGGCAAGCGUGAGAUGAAGGCGAUGAAGAAGGAGUGGAAACAGCGCAGGUCGACGGCACGUGAGCCGGGCAAGGCCGGAAAAAAGGAGAGGAAGGCGGAGAAGAAGAGACUCAAGAAAGAGUUCAAAAAGGCAAGGAACAAGUGGAAGGAGGGCAGGAAAGAGGAAAGGCGCGAGCGCAAGAGUGAGAGGCGGGAGAGGAAGGACAGGCGGCGUGGUGAUGGUGGAGGUCGCCGUGGCGCGAGGGUGGAGGACGAGUUGAACCGACACGGUGGUCCCGGCUUGGAACUCGGCGUCGUACCGACGAUAGAUGAGGAUGCUCGGGCUGCGCCUGGUGUCGAUGCUGGUGCGUCGUCCGCGCCGGCGCCGUCGUCGCCGCCGCCACCGCUGCUGUGGGUCGUGGUGGAAAAUCUUGGUAACUGA